AUGCACCCAAUUGAAGCCCUACUCGCAUCGUUCCCAAAACUCGCGGAUUCCGGAACCCAGCACACAACUGUUGAGCAAGACAAUGUCCGCUUCGUUUACCAGCCCCUCGACGAGCUAUACAUCGUCCUCAUCACAAACCGUCAAUCGAACAUCUUACAAGAUAUCGACAGUCUUCACCUCUUUGCGCAGGUGACUACUAGCAUCUGCAAGAGUCUAGACGAGCGAGAAAUCCUGCGCAAUGCAUUUGAAUUACUUAGCGCAUACGAUGAGCUGGUGACCCUCGGAUAUAGGGAGAACCUGUCUCUCUCUCAGAUUAAGACAUUCCUGGAGAUGGAGAGUCACGAAGAGCGCAUCCAAGAGAUUAUCGAAAGGAACAAAGAGCUUGAGGCGAGCGAGGAACGUAAACGGAAGGCCAAGCAGCUGGAGAUGCAACGGAAAGAGGCUGCUCGCAACUCACGCAACAUCGCUCCUCGAACCCCAUCCUACCCCGUCUACACGCCGCCAUCGCGUCCUGCUGUACCUGACACGUAUGAUAGCUAUGAAGCGGAGAAGAAGAAGACGUUCGCCAAGCCUUUGCCGACCCGAGGAAAAGGAAUGCAGUUGGGUAAGAAGUCGAAAACCACGGACAUCUACGAGAAAGUUCGCGGUGAUCUCGGCCCGGAGGCGGAAGAGUCAAGUCCUUUGGUAACGCCGCAGACUUCAACUCCCGCUGCGGAGAGAGUGUCUUCCGCUCGUCCUUCACUCUCUGCCGACCGCGAGCCGAUCCAUAUUACGAUUGCCGAAACCAUCUCCGCCUCUCUCACGCGUGAUGGCGCGCUCAAGUCCUUUGAGGUCAAGGGUGACCUUCAACUUCGUAUCAGCGACCCGGCGUUCACGAAGCUCAAGCUCGACCUUCUCGCCAACCCCACUCACGGCGCCCAAUUCCGCACUCAUCCCAAUGUCGAUAAAGCUGCAUUCAGCAAUUCAUCUAUCAUUCAGCUGAAGGAUACAUCUAAGAGGUUCCCUGCCAAUAACUCGAUCGGCGUCCUCCGCUGGCGCGUUGCUGGCUCGGGAUCUGACAAUGCCGAUGUUCUUCCAAUCACAUUUACAGUCUGGCUCAACAAGGGCUCAGACUCCACUACGGUGACUGUGGAGUACGAGCUCACGGGCUCUGACAGCCUUCGGGAUGUCGUCGUAACUAUUCCCUACAGCACGGCAGAGCCGGCUGUCUCAAGCUUCGACACCGUCUACGAAGUCUCAGGCGACAGUCUUGACUGGAACAUUGGAAACGUGAAUGAGGACAACGCAUCGGGCAGCUUUGAGUUUGAGUCAUCAGCCGAUGACGAGAACGAAUUCUUCCCUAUGACCGUGCGGUUCUCGAAGGCUAGUCCAUUUGUCGAGGUCGACGUCACCGACAUCUCCCUUAUAGAGGAGGGAGAAAGCACCGGAUACUCCAAGGACAUCAAGAGUGUCGCCGAAGGUUAUCUUAUUGAAUAA